AUGACUGAGCAACAAAUUAAUCAAAGAUUUAUUUGUGUUUGGCUUGAUAAUCAACUCAUUCGAUCAGUCGAAUAUAUUGAUACUCAAGAUGAACUUCGAACUCUUAUUAAAACCUUUGUCACUUUCAAGGACUCGAAUUACUGUGUAGAUUUUAUUACCAACAUAACUGACACGAAAAUAUUUCUUAUUACGUCAAAUAUAUUAGGAAGAAUUAUUGUUCCUACAAUUCAUCCUUUCGAACAAAUUGAUUCAAUUUAUAUAUUUCAUGGAAAUAAACCAUCAGAUGAUCAAUGGACAAAAGAUUAUAAAAAAAUAAAAGGAAUUUUUAAUGAUAUAACAUUAAUUUAUGAUCGAUUUAAACAAGAUAUAAUUAAAGAGGAAAAAAAUAAUGAUUCUUUUGCAAUUUCAUUUAUUUCAUCUUCGGAUAUAAAUUCACAUGAUGUUAAUCGACAAGAUCCAUCAUUUAUGUAUUUUCAAUUAUUAAAAGAUAUUAUUUUAAUAGAUCGUCUUUUCGAAUCAGAAGAACAAACUAAAGCAGAUAUGUUAUCUUAUUGUCGGAAAGUUUAUGUUGAUUGUCCAGAUACAAUUCUUGUUUUAGACGAAUUUGAAAAAGAUUUUAUUCCCGAACUUUCCAUCUAUUGGUAUAUAAAAGAAUGUUUUCUCUAUAAAAUGUUAAACAAAGCAUUAUAUACACCACAACCAGAUGUUCUUUAUAAAUUAAGAUAUUUUCUUCGUCAUCUUUAUUAUCAAAUUUUAUCUGAAGCAUCAAAACAACGUCAACAUUUAUCAUCAAUGACUGUUUAUCGUGGUCAAACUAUGUCACUCGAUCAAAUUGAUAAACUCAAAGGAAAUGUUGGUGGAUUUCUUAGUUUUAAUAAUUUUUUAUCAACUUCACUUAAACAAGAUGUUGCACUGAAUUUUCUUUGGGGAUCAGAAAAUGGUGUUUUAUUUCAAAUGGAAAUCGAUCCAAAAAUACAAAAAUUUCCAUUUAUUAAUAUUGAACAAAUACCUUAUUUACAAAGGGAGGAAUGUGAACAAGAACUUCUUUUUGUAAUGGGUAGUGUCUUUCGUAUUGUUCGUAUUGAAAAAGAGAAAGAUUUUUAUCGUGUUCAAUUAACAUUAAGUGGUGAUAUUGAUGAACAAUUAGAAAAAUAUACAAAAGUGACUCGUAAUCAAACUCGUUCAUUUCAUUCAUUCUUAUCACUUCUAAGAUUAAUGCAAAAAGUAGAAGAGUACAGUUGUAUUGAUCAGUUUGCUGAGAUGUUUCGUGAUGAUAUUGGAGUAGCUGCUAAUUCAACGAUACUUGCUCAUGUUCAUCAUGCAUUUGGUUCAAUUUAUUAUGAUCGUGGGCAAAACAAAGAAGCUUUGGAACAUUUUCAGCAAACGCUCAAUAUUCAUAUGAGUGAUCUACCGGCUAAUCAUUCAGUAUUAUCACCAACAUAUUCGUAUAUUGGUGUUGUAUAUGACGCAUUAUAUGAUUAUACGAAAGCGUUGGAAUAUCAACAGAUGGCUUUGGAUUGUCAGGUAAAUUCAGAUAGUCCAGAUGUAUCAUCAAUUAUAACUUAUAUGAAAAAUAUCGCGUCAGUUUAUGAUAAACAAGAAAAAUACAGUGAAGCUCUAGAUUAUUACAAACGUGCUCUCGAAUUACAAAUCGGACAUUUUGGUGAAAAUGAUUCAUCUGUUAGAAAAACUUAUAGCUUAAUUAGUUCAAUUUACUACAAACAAGGUGAUUAUGAACAAUCUACUUCGUAUCGCGAAAAAAGUGCUUCAUUACAAAAAAGUAUAACUGAACUAGAUCCACCAUCAUUGGUUGACUCUUUAAUAAAAGACGGCAUUGUCUGUCUUUCACAAAAACAAUAUCAACAGGCAUUGACUCAUUUUAAACGUGCACUUGAAAUUCAACAACAAUACCUUUUACCGAACAAUUCAUCAUUAGCUCAAACUUAUAAUCUUAUCGCUAAAGCCUUUUAUGAUCAAGAACAAUUUGAAGAGGCUUUACUUAAUUACAAUAAAGCAUUAGAAAUUGAACAAAAUUCAUUAUCUGAUGAUCAUCAUUCUAUUGCUACAAGUUAUCAUAAUAUUUCCACAGCUUAUGUUGGUUUAUCACUUUGGUCAAAUGCUUUAGAUUAUGCUCUCAAAGCAGUUGAACAAUCGAAGAAAACCCUUCAAACUGAUGUUAACACUCUGGCAGCAUUGGUUCAUUAUGUUGGAUAUAUUUUUCAAGAACAAAAACAAUAUCAAGAAGCAUUAAUCUAUUAUCAAGAAGCUCUUGAAUUAUAUCAAACUCAUUUAUCAGAAGAUGAUCCUUCAUUAUUUAUUGUCUAUCAUCGAACUGCUAGAGUUUAUUAUCAAUUGGAUAUGAAUAGUGAAGCUGUUGUUCUCUAUCAAAAGACACUUAUCAUUGCCUUGAAAAUAUUACCGGAUAAUGACAAACAAAUUGGUUAUAUUUAUAUGGAUCUUUCUAGAUCUUUCUUAAGACUAAAACAGUAUGAUGAAUCAUUGAUAUCAGCUGAACAAGCAAUUGAACAAUUAUGUAAAACAUUACCAAAUAAUCAUUCAGAUGUUAUCCAAUAUCGAUUUGAAUUAAGUGUUAUCAAACAGAGACAAUUAUCUAAAAAGGAUUUUAAUUGA